AUGGCCAUCUCUUUGCUUUUGCUAUUACUUCUCAUUGUUCCACUUUCACCAACAUUUUCCAAACCAAAUGCCACUCAUGCUCACACACAACAUUGCUUAGAGAAUGAGAAAACUUUGUUGCUUGAGUUGAAGAAUGAACUGGUAUUCAAUUCAUCUUAUUCAACAAGGCUGGUGCACUGGAAUCAAAAGGAGGAUUGUUGCUCUUGGGAGGGUGUGGAGUGUGACGACGCAGGCCAUGUUAUCCAUCUGCGACUCUUCGACGAGGGCAUCUCAGGUGGACUAAACGAGUCGUCGAGUCUUUUCAGACUCCACUACUUGGAAGAGCUGAGCUUAGCAGGCAACUUGUUCUCAGGUUUGUUACCACACAACAUUACCAAUCUUAAAAGAUUGUCUUCUUUGGGCCUGUCUUAUUGCAAUUUCAGUGGCGCGAUUCCUUCCACGCUCGGCAAUCUGACACAACUUGUUGAUCUGGAGAUGGCAUACAAUUUCUUCAGCGGCUCAAUUUCUUCCGGCCACUUUGAAGGUUUUUCAAAAGUUGAGUAUAUUGAUUUAAGGUACAAUUCACUAAGUGGUAGCAUUCCCAUAUCUAUCUUUAGUAUACCUUCACUACGUUGGAUUUACCUCCAAGACAACCAACUUAGUGGGAAAGUGGAUGAAUUUGCUAUUGUAAAUAUAUCUCAGCUUUCUAUCUUAGAUUUGAGCAGUAAUAGACUUGAGAGCCCUAUUCCUAACUCUUUCAUCAAGCUUCAAAGUCUCUCUUAUCUAUAUCUUUCUGACAACUUGUUCAAUGAUACUUUUCAAAUGGACAAGUUUCUAAGCCUUCCCAACCUUGUAAGUCUGAGUCUUUCCAACAACAACUUGUCACUUUUCGGUUCACACAGUUUCGCUGUAAACCAAUCCUCCUUGGAGUCAUUGGACCUUUCGAAUAACUUGAUUGCGGGGGAAAUUCCUAACUGGAUCUGGGAAAUCGGAAACGGGGCACUUUACGAUGUGAACCUUUCCAGCAAUAUGCUGGUUGGUCUCCAAAAGCCUUAUCAAAUCCCCACUUCUCUCCGUUUUCUGGACUUGCACUCAAACCAUCUUCGGGGUGAGUUUCCCAACCUUGAAGGUCUAAGUCUUUCCAACAACAACUUUUCAGUUUCGGGAUUGUUGGACCUCUCGGAUAACAUGAUUGCUGGGGAAAUUCCUAACUGGAUCUGGGAAAUCGGAAACGCGUCACUAUAUUUUUUGAACCUUUCUUGUAAUAUGUUGGUUGGUCUCCAAAAGCCUUAUCACAUCCCCAAUUCUCUCCAGUUUUUGGACUUGCACUCAAACCAGCUUCAGGGCGAGUUUCCCACACUCUCGUUAAAACAUACUACUAAUGUGGAUUUCUCAAAUAAUCAAUUUGAUCAGUUUGGAAUUCUUGAAACUGGAAAUGAGACUGCUGUCUUUGGAAAUUCAGAAUUUUCACUCAGUAACAAUAGCUUGUCUGGAUCCAUUCCAACCUUCUUUUGCACGGCUGCAACCUUUAGUACUCUUGACCUGUCCUUUAAUCACCUGAGCGGUAGCAUUCCCCGUUGUCUAUUUGAAAACAGUGUUGUGCUCAAUCUAGGGGGGAAUAACAUCAGUGGUUGGAUCCCACAUAAAAUUUCUCCCAGUUGCCAGCUAAUGAUAUUAGAUUUGAGCAACAACAAUUUAGUUGGGGAUGUUCUAGAUUCCAUGGGGAAUUGCAGAGCAUUAUGGGUCUUGGAUUUAUCCAACAACAAGCUAAGCGGAACAGUUCCAACCUCCCUUUGCAAAGCCUUGGACCUUAGGAGUCUCGACUUGUCUGUCAAUAACUUAAAUGGCAAUAUCCCGCGCUGUGUAGUAGGUUCACAUCUUGUUGCCCUUAAUUUAGGGAGAAAUAACAUCACUGGUCGUGUCCCAAACUUCACUGCCGUUUGUCGCCUACAAAGUCUGGAUCUCAAUAACAACAAUUUAAUCGGGGAUGUUCCACAAUCUCUGGAAAAUUGCGAGUCGUUAAAGGUCGUGAAUGUUGGAGGCAACCAGUUGGAUGGCACUUUCCCAUGCAUGCUUCCGUCGAGCUUGCGCGUGCUUGUGUUGCACGGCAACAGAUUCCAUGGAGGGCUGAGAUGUGACAAGAGCUGGUCAAAUCUUCAAAUAUUUGACAUAGCUAAUAAUAACUUCAGUGGCAAUGUGGAUCCUUUGAACUUUUCAGACUGGAGAACAAUGAUGAGGGAUACUGUCACGAAGGUGAGUUAUGAAUACUUGGCUUCUAAAUCCGCAAUUACCGAUAAUUUCACGUUAGUGGGCUACAUCGAAAAGGUAUCACUAAUCAUCAAAGGGAUGGAGCGGAAUCUUGUUAAGAUAUGGCCAGACUUUACAUCCAUCGACUUAUCUUGCAAUAAUUUCCAAGGAGGCAUCCCUGACUCAUUGGGGCUUGGAGCACUGGACCUCUCAGUGAACCAGCUAACUGGGAAGAUACCAAAGGAGAUUGCAGGGCUUACAUUCCUUCAGGUGAUGAAUGUAUCUCACAACAAGCUGGUUGGAGAGAUUCCAACCGGCCCUCAAAUUCAAACAUUCCCCGGUGAUUGCUUUGAAGGAAACAUAGGCUUAUGUGGUCUCCCUCUCAACAUUAGCUGCAUUGCGUCUCCGCCAAAUGCAAAAUCAGAUGAGAAGACAGAGAUUGAGUGGGAUUAUGUGUUUGCUGCGGCUGGUUAUGUUGUGGGCUUCGGAAGCUUUCUAUGGGUGCUCAUAUUUCGCCGAAGCUUCAGAGAGAGAUACUUUGAGAAAAUUGAGGAUGUUUAUGAGAAGAUAGUCAGCCUCCGCAAAAAGAAGAAGAGAAGGGUUGUAGGAAGAAGAGUUGUGAGAAAUCAAGCCAGAAGACACUAGUGGCGGCACUAAAGCUACUAUCUAUCUGGAUUCUAUGUUGUACUAAGGUUUGCGUUCUCUUUGCAUGUGUUUUUCUAAUCUUUUAGUAAUUGUGGCUCUACUUCUUGAGUUGGAAACAAAAUUGUGUGUCCACAUUGGUUAUGUAUCCUAGUGUCGCCUAGUCUUUCUUACACUUUCCGUUCCUUAAUAAAUGGGGUUAUUUUGCUA